UAAGCCCCUCGCCGCACCAGCGUGCUGAGGCCGAAACCACAAGACACGCAAGCACCUGUACUGUCAAGUGCUCGAUCAAGUCCUCCAUGGACAAGAGCCGCCACGACAAGGCCGGCGGCCGCGGCGUGGGCGUCGGCGGCCGGCUGAGGCAGCGGCUCGCGCAGAUCCUCCUCCACUCGUCCUGCGCCACCACCUCCACGACCGCCUUCGUCGGCGUCGCCAGCACCAAUGCCGCGGCGGCCACCGUCGUCACCAAUAACGCCGCGGCCUCGCGCCAAGAACCACCACCUCCUCGGUGCGCCCACGAGCCACAGCCCAAACUCGUCAACGGCAGGUGCCAGCGUCGCCACCGCCGCCGCAGCUCGCGGGCGCUUGUUCACAUCUCCAUCGACUGCUCCGCGCGCUCGGUCGGCGCGGCAGUCUUGCCUUCGCCGGUGCCGGCGGCGAGGGGCGCCGGCGCCGUUAAGAGCGGCACGCGCAGGAAGGGCGAUGGCAGUAGGCGCAUCAGCUCGCCGCUGUACAGUUGGUCGUCGUCCUCCGACACCGACGGCGAGCUGGCGCCGUUCAGCAGUGACGGGGAGAGGGGCCAGGCGACCGACACGAGGUCGACGCUCUUCUCGUCCCACAGCUUCUCCUCCGACACCACCGCGGACUUCUACAGCGCCACGGGCCCCAGCACCAGACCAAGGCGGCACAGGAACCCGCCUCCUCGCCGCGCAGCGCCGCCGCCGAGGCGCGCGCCCAGGCCCCCCGACGUGUUCCGGCCGCCGGCAUCCGCGGCGGGCAAGGUCCAGCACGACAAGGAGAAGGAUAAGAAGCUGGCGGACCGCAAGAACGGAGGCGACGCCGUGGCGGCCGCGGGCAGCACGGCGGUAGUGAAGCGGUCGCACGACCCGUACGCCGACUUCCGGAGCUCGAUGGUGGAGAUGGUGGCCGGGCGGCGCCUCCGCGGCGCGGACGCGCUGAGCGAGCUCCUGGUGUGGUACCUGUCCCUGAACUCGCCGCGGCACCACCCGGCCAUCCUCGCCGCCUUCGAGGACGUCUGGGAGGCCGUCCUGGGCAGCGAGCCCUGAUCGAUCGAUCAUCGUUUUAGCUCACGUAGUGCACGUCAUCGCGGCGUCUCGCGCCUUCUUCGUUCCAUGUAUAGUCUUUUUUAGUUUCUUUCAGUGAACGCGUGCUUGUGUGUGUGGAUUCUGUCAGCUAGCAAUAACAUUGCCUCGUUUUCUCAGU